AAGACGAACACAAACCGAGGAACCUGUUUGGGUUCCUGCGCAUGUGCAGUGACCCGAGCGGAGGGUCCCGGACGUAAACUGGGCGUGGGGCUUCUGCGCGUGCGCUCGGCUUGCUCUUUGCAGCUUGUGCCCGGAGGCGACGGGAGCAUGUCGACCCCGUUUGAAGAGCGCAGCGGGGUGGUACCGUGCGGGACGCCGUGGGGCCAGUGGUACCAGACCCUGGAGGAGGUGUUCAUUGAAGUUCAGGUGCCGCCAGGCACUCGCGCCCAGGAUAUCCAGUGCGGCCUGCAGAGCCGGCAUGUGGCGCUGGCCGUGGGUGGCCGCGAGAUCCUCAAGGGCAAACUCUUUGAUUCUACUAUUGCUGAUGAGGGCACAUGGACUUUGGAGGAUAGAAAAAUGGUUCGUAUUGUUCUUACAAAGACAAAGAGAGAUGCGGCAAAUUGUUGGACGUCUCUUCUAGAAUCUGAAUAUGCAGCUGAUCCUUGGGUGCAAGACCAAAUGCAAAGAAAACUUACAUUAGAGAGAUUCCAGAAAGAAAAUCCUGGUUUUGACUUCAGUGGAGCAGAAAUCUCAGGAAACUACACUAAAGGUGGACCAGAUUUCUCAACCCUUGAGAAAUAACCAGUGUUUUUGCUGCAUUCUGUGGAUCCUAGCAGAUGUUUAAUCAAAGAAGCAGAUCAUGUGGCAGAAGGAAAAUAUGGAUGCCUCCAAUUAACAAAUGGAAAAAUAUAUUUAAUUAUGGUUCUAAAAAUUGCAUUCAAAUAUGAUUUAUGUAGGAAACAUGUACUCUGGGAACUAUUCUAUGAAUAUAUGGUAACUUUUUUUGGACUUGUUUUUGCUCAGCAUGAAGUUUUAUAUAUUGCAUUUUACUAAUUUCAUAUUAAUUGUAUUUUUAAUACAAAAAACCUUAGGUUACAGAUCAUGUGAAAUGAAAGGGUGCCUUCAAGGAAAAUUUUUUUUUGAUAAGUGUGACACAGGAAUAAUGUUCAAUAAACUUUUCUAUAUAGGAAUUGUGUACCCCUUUUUCUAAGUAUACUAACUCAUGCAGGAAAUUACAGUACUGAAAAAAUUUUAAGGCCAGAUAAAAAUCCACAAAAUAUUUUGAGUAAGUUUUAAGAAUUAAUGAGAAUUUCUUCAUUAGUGUAUUAUUCUUAGAUUAUAUCACGAAAUUAAAAAAUAGUGUAAAAACAUAUCAGCAGAAGUGGGUUAAUAAAGAGAAGCAUCUAAGUAAGUAUUAUUGGGUGGGUCUUUUGUCAGUGGAGAAAGCAUAUUAAGGUCAUUGAUUGUUAGUGGUAUUAUUUUGACCUUCAUUAAUCCAGACAUACAAGAGGGAAUCAUUGAAAUUUUAUUUCAGCCUUUUUAAUUUCUAAAAAAUUAAUUUGUUAAAAGUAAUCUCAAAUGCACAGAAAACAUACAAUAAGUAAAUUACAUAGAUUUUUUUUUCUUCCUGAACCAUUUGUGAAUAAGUUGAGGACAUGAUGUUCCAUCACCUCUGAAAAAUCUAGAGUGUAUUUGCUUCAAAGAAGGACAUUAUCUUACAUAACUGCAAUGCAGCUGUUAAAAUCAGGAAGUCUAAUAUUUAAUUAAAUUUAAGCUAUGCAUUCUUGGCAGUUGUUAAAGAAAUGACCAUGUGUUAUUACAUCCUAUCAUGGAUUAAUAAUUUGAAUUUAUCUCAUUUCCAGUGGUAGUAUUUAGAUCACAGAUUAAGGUAAUAUCUGUCAGACUUCUUUGUAAAGUUCCUUUUUAUGUUUAUAGUUAUUUUGUGAGCAGAUAGUUCUAAAAUACUAACUUUUUCACAUCAGAAUUUGAAUCUAUUUAUACCUCUGGAUUCAUGAUUUUCUAUUUUAUUCUGUGGCUUAAAAGUCUAUUCUUAUUACUUUGAUGCUCAUAAUUGUUACACAUUUGUACUAUUCUAAGUGGCUUCUAUGUCCUUUUGUGAUGUUCCUUUCUUUAUUUGUCUUUAUUAUUUAAUUUCUUGUUUUCUGGCAAGAUAUCCCAGAUUCAUUAUGUUUUCUCUGUGCCAGCCUAAGAAUCAGUCAUUCUUUUCCAAGAAGUCUGGGUUCUCUUUAGGUAAUAAAGGUAUUUGAAAGUGAAGAUCCAGGUGCUAAUGUGUAAUUGCUGUUGAUGUGCAUUAGUAAUGCAUAUAUUUACAUCUAUAUUUCUGUAUAAAUGUAUUGAAAGCUGAGUUCACAGUUAAGCUUUCAGUUCUAAUUCUAGGAGGUUGAUUUUUGUUUUCUCCCUUUCCGUAUUUAUAACUUCCUUCAAUAGCAAUGAGAAACCUGAUUCCUACUCUUGAUAUAUUUGACUCUGCACUGUAGGUCAUCUCAUCAUCUUCCCCGGGAAAUAAAUGCUUUCCUUGCUCUGUGAGACUCCAACAUCCUAUGCCAAACAGAAAUGUGUUCUGCUUACCCUGUUUGGUUCUUAAACACCCAACCUGUGCCUCUCACUGUAGUCCAUCUACCCUGUCAUGCUGAUCUUACUCAUUUUAUAUAAUAAUUUUCCAAAUCAGUUGUUUAGAAAUAACUUUUUUUAAUUGACUUAUAUUUUGGACAUUUGCAAAAUAUUUGGAAUAUAUACAUACAUUAAUAUUAGCUUCCUGGUGUAUGCUUUAGUAAAUAUUAGCAGAAGUAUAGAUAUAUGUAAAUACUUUCAUGUUCAGGAUAUUGAACAGUUCAGUCACCAUAAAAAAUGCCUUUCUUCUAUCUCUUUGAAGUUACUCUACUUCUAGCCCAUAAACCUUGGAAAUCAUGACAUAGUCUUUAUAGAUUUGUCUUUUAAGCAAUAUAAAUGGAAUCAUAUAAUCUUAAAAAUAGCUUUAUUGAGACAUAAUUCAUAGACAUUUAUCCAUUUACAGUGUAUGAUAUAUAGUAUAUGCAAUCACUGACUUUAUCUUAAAUAGAAACUUUUUAGUUACUAUCCCACUCUUUUCCCCCACAUCCCUUACCAGCCAAACAACCACAAAUAUACUUUCUGUGUCAGAGUUCCCUGUUACGAACAUUCAUAUACAUGGAACUAUAUGUGGUCUUUGGUGACUUGCUUUCACUUAAUGUGUCAGUGGUUCAACCAUGUUCUAGCAUGUAAUACUUAGUUGGAUACUACAUUGCAUGGCUGUUAUCACAUUUGUAUAUUCAUUUGUAAGAGUAAUUCCUCCUUUAGAGUAUGCUGAAUAUUGCUGUUAUAAACAUUUGUGUGCAAGUU